AUGUCGUUCUCAGACGACGACGAGUCGCUGCUGUCGUCGUCGAUGUCUUCGUCGUUGUCAUCGAUCGAGGUGAAGAAGAAGAAGAAGAAGAAGAAGAAGAAGAAGAAGAAGCGGAAGAAGAAGUCCAAGCAGUGGGCGUCAUCGUCGGACGAUCUCUCGUCGUCGUACCAGCCAGAGUCGCCGUCGGCUAGCUCCGAGUUUGUGCCGUCGGACGAGCCCGAAGACGACGACUUUUGCUCGGAUGAGUUGGUGGACGAGGAUGAGGACGAGGACUUUCUCAUGCCGCCAUCCAAGCGCAAGCGCAAGACAAACAAGACCGCUGCACGAAAGCGCAAAGCCCCGGCUGCCAAGCCGGCCCGCAAGGCACCCGCCGCCACCAAGAAGAAGGGCAAGAAGGACUCGACCCCGCUUGACUCGGUCAUUCCAGGCUUUGAGUACGAUCGCCCGGAAGGCGACGGUGGGGCUGCUGUUCCGGGCGCCGCUGCAGGCGCCACAGCUGCCUCGACUACUGCUUCGACGGCUGGAGAUCCCAAUGACAUGGAGGCUGAGGGCAUGUACGAGAACGGCGAGUGGACAAACCGCGUGCCGGGCCGCCCACGCACAAAGCGCCCCAUCCUCUCGGCCGACGUGGCCGCUCGCACCGAGCCACUGUUUAUCUUUGAGGAUGUGUACGCCGACGUGCCUAUCAACGCCCGCCAGCGCAAGACCAAAGACCAAUACGACCUUAUCAUGCGUGCCAACGCCUGUGGCCUCUUCAUUGCCGCCGAGCGCUCUGCCAUCGAGCAGCGCUGGCUCGAGCUCAACCCUGGCGCCGUCAUCAUGUCGUCCACCACCCAGAUCGGCGUCUCGACCGGCGUCAAGUCGGCCUACUUUUACGACGAGGGCCUCUUUACCUCUGUCCCGCGUGCCGAGCGCGAGCAGCAGUAGUUGCCUGCUCAUCAUCCAAUGUCGCGCCCGCGUCACACGUCGUGAAUCCGCCCGCGGUGCCGCGACCGCGUCCGGGCCUGGCUCGUCUCGGCACGAGUUGCCACGCCGCCGACCCGCGCGUUGCCGUCGGCGCCUCCAUCCUUGGCGCUUGCCGCCUGUGCUAUCACAAACUUCCGCCAGCCAGUCACUGCCAGCUGGCCCGAGCCGAGCACGCCACCGAGCGCGUUGAGGUAGCAAAGGACAAAGUCGCCGACCAUCGCGCCGUACGCCGCCCACAGGACGCAUCCCACCGUCGCCAGCGCAAUGUGCCGGAGCGACGACUGAAAGGCAGCAGCCGCGAGGGCAUCAGCGCCGUCAUGCUCUCUGUCUCCGCCUUCGUUCCCCUUCGGCUGUGAUAGUAGCGUCAGUGCUGGAACAGCCACCAUCACCGCUGCCGUCACCGCGCACAAGAUCGCCAGAUGCGCCGCGGCCAUGCCGGGCGGCGCGAAGACUGCCACAUACCCCAGAAUGCCCGAGACCACCAGCGCUGAGCCCGUAACUGUGACAUGAAAAGCCUUUCGCGCCCGAG